AUGUCCGACCCUUUGCGCCCGACCCAGCCUCGUACCGAAGCUCCUCCAGGACUCGACACUCCCGGCCUCGUCCUUCUCUACGGGUCGACGCCGAACGGGUGGAAGAUCACGUAUGCUCUGCAGGCGCUGAAAGAAGCGGGCUUGAUCCCGGACUACACGGUGGUCGAGGUCUACCUCGAGACGGGCGAACAGUUCCAGCCGUGGUUCCGCAACAUAAAUCCGAACAGCAAGAUGCCAGCUCUCAUCGACAACCGCGCCGACAAGCCGGCCAUCAGCGUCUUCGAGUCCGCCAGCAUCCUGCUCUACCUCGCUCGGACGUACGACAAGCGCUACCUGCUGCACUUCGAGGAUGACGACCUCGAGCAAGGAAUGCUGGACUGGAUCUUCUGGGUUCAAGGCGGGCUCGGACCGAUGCAAGGGCAGGCGAACCACUUCGUGCGGUACUCGGGUGAGCGUGUCGAGUAUGCGGUAAAACGGUAUACGACCGAGACGAAGCGACUCUAUGCCGUCCUCGACGAGCACCUGAAGGACAAGGAGUACAUCGUCGGAGGAAAGCUCAGCUACGCCGACAUCACCGCCCAGCCUUGGGUCCGCUGCCACUUUUGGUGCCACAUCCCGCUCGACCCGUACCCUCACCUGAAAGCGUGGCACGACCGCGUCGAGAACCUCCCCGUCAUCCAGCGUGCCCUCAAGGUGCCUCAACAGGAUCUCGUUACGCGCGUCAAGCAGGACCCGGAGCUGGAGAGGAGGAUCAUGGAGGCCAUGAAGGCGAGGAGGGAGAAGGCGGAGCGGGAGAAGGGGGAGUCGGCGGCUUGA